CUCAGUAAUCUUCAUCUUCUUCACCACAGUCGUUACCUCAACAAGUCAGCAAACCAGUUUAUUACAAUGACUAGACUUAUACACGCCGUUCUCUUCUCUUGGGCCACCUUGGCCGUCGCCAGCGAUGCGAAACAACAACCCGCGACGCUCCCUAUCCUCAACGAGAGGACCUCACAGGGUUGCUUCAGCAAGCUCCCGGCCGGUGCUGAGCCUAUAAAGGCCAAGUCUGUAUUCAUCAGCGGGGGAUAUUGCAACGAAGCCUGCCUGGACGCCAACAAAACUGUCGCCAUUACCAGCCCUGACGGCUGCCACUGCGCCGACACGUACCCCCCCGAGUCGGCCCUGGUUAAGGACACUCAGUGUAACUACCCAUGCCCUGCCUAUCCGAUGGAGGCUUGCGGUGGUAAGGAUCCUGUGGCAUACAGUGUCUUCAACACGGGCUUAGAGUUGGUGGUGGACAAUGACGACGGCAAGACUGAGGCGUCCACCACCAUCAGCAGCAUCACGCCCCCCUCGACUCCUCUGUCUUCUAAGCUCCCUUCGACCACUACUGAUGGCACCACUGCCGACGAAGCCACUGCCGUGAGCACCCCUACCAAGGGCGUUGCUGCUGAGGGCACCUCUGCCGACAGCACCAACGGCGCCCAGAGCACCCCGAGCGCCACUGGCACCGACGUCCCCAGCGCUGCCGCCCCUAGACUCUCAUCGCCCGUCGGCAAGUUUGUCAGGAUGUUCAAGGUCUUUUUCAGCUAG